AACGAUCUCCACUAGUAUGCAGCCCCUCCUCGCCAAGGCUGACGCCUUAACUAUUCUGCAUAAGCUAAGAAUAAUUUCAGUACUUUUUGCUUCUUUCCACAGCUUAGAUGUUUUUAAUCAAGACGAACGCUUUAUUCUGGACAAACGGCAGAGGGCUGCUUAAAGUUAUAAAAAAUCAUUGACAGCCCGCUGACUUUUCGGGCGCCCGGGGAAGCGGAGAAACCCCCGACUUAAACAGUACUGGCCGGGAUAAAUGGUUAUUGCUGCCGGCUCUACAAGAACAAUGACCAGCGGUUCCAGUGGCUUUUUGUUAGUUCCCAUACCGGAAUAUCCCGCGUUGGACCCCCAACCUUAUAAAAACAUCAAGAUCGUUGUUCUGGGCGCAAGUAAUGUCGGAAAAACAGCACUGAUAGUAAGAUUUCUGACAAAGAGAUUCAUUGGGGAUUACGAAGCAAACACAGGGGCUCUAUAUUCAAGGACUAUCAAUAUAGAUGGAGAACAAACGUCUCUACAAGUUCAAGACACCCCUUGUGUAUCUCUGCAGCAGGUUGACGGGGAAGGCCUUAUCUGUCAGGAGCAGAUCAAUCACUCCAUCUACUGGGCGGAUGGCUAUAUGCUGGUGUUCUCCAUCACAGACGACAGCAGCUACCGCACUAUCCAUCCUCUCUACCAGCACGUGCGUCGCAUUCACCCCGGUGGCAACAUUCCCAUCAUCCUCGUGGGCAACAAGAGUGACCUGCUGCGUGCCAGGCAAGUGGCGGUGGAGGACGGUGAGGCACUGGCGGCGGAGCUGGGGGGCGCGUACUUCGAGGCCUCAGCCAGGGAGAACCAUGAAGGGGUGCGUGAAGCCUUCCUGCACCUGUACCAGGAGAUAAGCCGGACUUUCCGAGGUGCGAAUGGGGAGAAGCGGCGGGCAGGUCUUCACCAGGGCAGGCCCAAGUCGCCCAACAUGCAGGAACUUAAGAGGAGGUUCAGGCAGGCUCUCUCCUCCAAGGUCAAGUCUGCUUCUGUUCUGUGAGGUACGCCAGGCACCCCCGAGAGACACACCAAAACGGGACGUGCCCCAUCUGAGAGUGGCUUGGGGCAUGUCUGAUGGAGCAAUACACCAAGGAGUAACUCAGGAAGAAUGAUUCCCAUUCCACUUGUUUUGAUCUAAUUUCUCAUCCAUCAAAAGGAAGAAAUCCCACCAGCUAUGGUUCCUGUUAGCAAUCAGUAACCUUUGAUUAUGCAUUAUUUAUCUGUAGAGGUAGCCAAAGAUCAUUACUGAAAGGAUAUUUAUUGAAAAGUAUAUUAAAAGUUUAUUCCAGCCCCAAAGUAUUUAAUUAUACAUACAUCUGUUGUUCAACAAAAUCUCAUUAAUGGUCAUUUACAAGCAAUAUGAAUGUACUGAAGUAUAGUUAGUUGUAAGUGUAGCUAUAUUUGAGAAUAAAAAUGGUAACAUUAAAUUUUCAAAGCUGCCUGCUACGGAUUUAUCCAUCAUCGACAAACAUGUUUAUUAGUUUAUCAGAAUCAGGAUUAAUGUUUCCCUGGAACAAAGAUACAAAAAAAUUUAUGGUGAUAUUAUAAUUCCAACAAAACAUCUGUGCAUUGCUCAUAAUGUCAUCUUUCUGUGUCCUGGUGCACUGUCUCUGGUCUUAACUUCCUCCACAAGAUCAGCAGAACAAGCCUUCAGAUCUGCUGCCAGGAGAAUUCCUCUCACUGACUCCCUGCUCCAGUCUCCCUCCAAAAGUACAGACAGUGAUAAGUGACAGAAACUUCACAGUCCUCAUUCCUUGGCUGCUCAUCUGUUUCAUUUAGAUCCUCUCAUAAAUGUUUCUUCUUUUCUGACCUUCCUAUUAGAGCUUCCAAUUCAGCUUGAUGACUUUUGAGAAAAAACUGUAGUCUGCAGAAGCUGAAUGGCUGCAAUGAAGAAGUCAGCCAAAGCUUGGAUUUUCGAUUAUAGGGAAAUUUAACUUUUUAUAUAUCAUUCACCAUCUUUGAUCCAGUAGGAGCGUACAUACCCUAUAUUGCCAAAAUAUUGGGACACCCCCCCCCCCAAAUCAUUGAAUUCAGGUGUUCCAAUCACUUCCAUAGCCACAGGUGUAUACAAUCAAGCACCUAGGCAUGCAGAAACAAAUAUUU